AUGGAAUGUUUUCUUUGUUGCUUAUAUCUAUAUAUUCAGCGCUCUCUCCCUUUCUCCCCACUCUCUCUCUCUAGCGCUCUCUCACUUUCUCCCCACUCUCUCUCUCUAGCGCUUUCUCACUUUCUCCCCACUCUCUCUCUCUCUCUCUCUAGCGCUCUUUCCCUUUCUCCCCACUCUCUCUCUCUCUUUUUCACUCUCUCUAUUUCACUCGAUCAUUCUCACUCUCUCUUUUUCACUCUCUCAUUCGAAUCUCUCUCUCUCUCACGCUAUCUUUGGCGCUAUCUCUCGUUCUAUCUCUCUCUCUCUCUCACUCUCACUGGCUCUCCUUUGCUGUCUCUCUCUCUCUCUCUCUCUCUCUCUGUCUAUCUUUUUAUCUCUCUCGCAGUUUCUUUUAUCUCUCGCGCUCUCUCUUUCCCUGUUCUCUGUCUAUUUUCCCCAUCUCUUUCCUUCUCUCUGUCUGUUUUCCCUGUCUCCUUCCCUGUCACUUUCUCUCCAGAGAAGAUCUUUCUCCCUCUCUCUUCUCACUUUCUAUUUGUCAUCCUCUCAUCUCUCUCUCUUUUAAUCUCUCAUCGAUCUCUUUUCGCUCUUUCUCUCGCUCUCUAUCUCUCUUUCCUCUAUCUCUCUCACAAUCUCUCUCUCGCUCAAUCUCUCUAUCUAGAUCUUUCUCCCCUCUCUCUCUCUUGCUCUUUUCUCUUUCUCACCCUACCUCUCUCUCUCUCUCUCUUUUUAUCUCUUUUGCUCUCUCUCUCUCUCUCUAUGAAAAAAUCUCUCUCUCUCUCUCUCUCUCUCUCUCUCAAAAUGAGAGCAUUCUGUCUGUCUCUCGCUCGAAAUCUAUCUAGAUCUUUCUCACUUUAUUUAUCUCUCUCGCUCUAUCUCACUCCUUCCCUCUCUCACACUGUCACCCUCUCCCUCUCUCGCUCGCAAUUUUUAUCUUUCUCGCUCUUUUUAUCUCUCUUACUCUCUCCUUCCCUCUCUCUGUCUCUCUUUCCCUCUUUCUUUCUCUAUUUCAUUCGAUCAUUCCGGCUCUCUCUCUCUCUUUCAGUCUCUCACGCUCUCUCUCUCUCUCUCGCUCGCCCUAGCUCUCUCUCUAUCUCUCUUUCUCGCGGGCGCAUUCUGCCUGUCUCUCUCGCUCGAUGUCUCUAUCUAGAUCUUUAUCUCUCUCUCGCUCUAAAAAAACUCUCUUUCCCCUCUCUCACCUCUCACCCUCCUUUUCUCUCUCUUUGA